CUUUCCAAACCAGUAGUCAAACAUCUUUAUCUCCCCACCUAACCGAAUAAUAACGACCGCUAGCCUAGCAGCCCUACCAGGAUUGUCAAUCAAGUUACGAAAUCGACGGCUAUAUAUAGAGCUGCCCGCAGCUUUAGCCAGCCACACCACCACAACAACACAGAGCAUUCUACCACCGCACCGCACGAGUGAAGUGAGAGCUUUGCACGAAAACUUCAUCAGAAACCAUGAAGGGCACCAAGCUCGCGGCGAUCCUGAUCCUCCAGGCCGUCCUGGUCAUGGGAGUCCUCUCACACGUGAACGCCGAUUUUUUCCCCAAGUGCUGCAACAACUGCAGGUCCUUCUCGGGGGUCGACGUCUGCGACGACGCCCACCCCAAGUGUCCCCAGGGCUGCUCGGCGUGCCGCGUGGUGUCGACGAGCCCCGAAAUGUGGCGCUGCGCGGAUAUGAAAUCCACCGUCGACGGCACCUGCGGUGGACCCUGCAAGAAGUACUGAUCGGUUCAUGCCGGCAUGAUAUGUUCCGCCUAAAAUAAAAUAAAAGCUCAGGCGAGAUGAGCAGCGUCAUCGUGCCUAUGCGUGUGUGUGUGGCCAACAAUGCUUAUACCAGUAUGUCGUCUCUUCGUCGCUGUGUUUUCUCUCUCGAGAAAAAGUUGGUGUUGCUUGUUGUUCAGCUAUCCGGAAUAUCCUCCGUGAAUAAACAGCUGUAAUGAUUGUGCGUGGCUGCCAAUAAUAUGAGUUCUCUUGUCCACGCA